AUGGAGCGUUUUAGGUUUUUAGAUCUUGUGAACCCAAGGGUAUUUAAGACUUGGAAUGGUGAAGUGCCCUCAGAAAAACUGGAUCUUCUCAAGGAAAUGUAUGGUGAUUUAUUUGACAUACCAAUGCUAGUCAGCCAACUUUGUUUUAUUUACAGAGAUAAGGACGUUCAUAAAGAUUCUUGUGGAGAGUUAUUAAAAUAUAUUUUUCAGUUCCAUCUGCAAUCUAGCAUUCCUGAAGUAGUAAAGUUGCUGAAGAUGAAUGGUGUUAUAUCAGUCACUAGUGCUUCUGUUGAAAGAUCAUUUUCCUGUUUGAAGAGGGUAAAAAGUUAUUUGAGAAAUACCAUGAGUCAAGGCUGUCUUAGUUCUCUUUGCAGGAUUUCCAUACACAAAGACAUAUUGUCAGAAAAAGAAGAUGCAGGUACCUUGCAUGAAGAGGUGGUAAAGAGGUUUGUUGAAAAACCAAGGAGACUUGCUUUCCUAUAUAAGUAA